UCGGCGCUCACAAUGGAGCUCUCCGAGUAUGUGCAGAGAGGCUGCCAGAUGCUGGCCGAUCCCGGCUGCUUCGACCUCGCCGCCUUCGCGCUUCUUGUGCGGGCGGCCUUCCGGAGCCUGCUGGAAGCCCGGGCCGAUGAGGCCGUGCUAGAUCAUCCAGACCUGAAACAUAUUGAUCCUUUGGUAUUAAAACACAGUCAUGCAGCACUUGCAACUUGUAUACUGGAGGCAGGAAAGCAGAAAGCUGACAAGUCAACUCUGAGUAUUGGCAGAUGCCCCCUCCUUAUAACUGAUGUUUCUUGGCGUUUGGAAUAUCAGAUUAAGACCAAUCAACUUCACAGACUGUAUCGACCAUCAUAUUUGGUGACCUUAAAUGUUGAGAAAGAGGAUCCUAGAUCCCACCCUGACAUUAGCUUUAAUUGCACUAUGGAGCAAUUACAGGAUUUAGUGGGAAAACUUAAAGAUGCCGCUAAAAGCCUGGAAAGAGCAACUCAAAUGUGAUCGACGGUAACAAUCCGCUAGGGUCAAGAGGAAGACCAGCGCUCCCGGUCCUUCGCGCAAGCCAUCCAUCCCUUUUGCAAGUCGAAUCCCUUCCUUUUUAGUAGAAUUUGUAUUAAUUCCGCCUUUUGUACGUCUGAAACUUAUGAAACCUGACUUUUUUUUUACAUUAUCACAAUAGAAGUGAAGGCAGUAAUGCCGUUCUAUGUUUUCUUUAAGAGUUCUAUUCAUUUAUCCUGUCUUCAUUUCAUUCACUGGCCCUCUCCUUUCCUCGUCGUUAUUUCCUUACUUUCAUCGAGUUAUAUGCUCUAAUAAAUUGAGAUACUCGUGUUCACAAACCGAAAAAAAAAA